GUGCAAAUCAUCAACAUUUUAGUUCAUACUUUGUUUUCACGGAAGUAAAAUUGAGAGAAUCAGCAACACAAAAUAAAAACUGAGAGCGAAGAGAGAGAAAAUAGAAAAGGACAGGAAUCAUAACAAGCCUGUUAUUCAUUCUGUGCGAUGUGUUUUUGAGCACAUAAAAGAAGUGAUAAGAAGUAACGAAAAAGUAUAGUAAAAUAAUUAAAAACAAUGAGAAGAACUGGAUACAAUUCAUUAAAAACUGAACGUGACCAGUCAAAUUACGACAAUAUCGAUGGAAAAAUUGAAGAUGUUGAGGAAGCAAAGUUUAUUGACUGUAGAACUGAAGAAAAACCUCCUUACAAAACGCUCUUUCUAGUGUUCUUCUUAUUUUUUAUGGGUUUUUUCACAUUAAUUGUCAGCACAUUGAUUUUUUUUGGUCAUCUCGAUGAAAAAGUCUACGCAGACAGGAUGAUUCCUCUUAUGAUUUUGGGAACAUUGAUGUUCAUUCCUGGUGCCUACUACAUUCGAAUAGUCUACCUCGUUGUGCGAGGUCGUGAUGGUUAUAAUUAUGAAAUGAUUCCGACAUGUUCGUGAGAAUUUGUUCAAUAUGUGCGAGCGUCAGCUACAUUUAUAAUCCCAUUACUAAUUUUCUUUUCUUUCAUGAUCAAUAAUUAACAGAACUUGAUAAAUCAGACAAACGUUUUACACAUUUUCGCUUAAAUAUGGAUCAUAAAAUGUGGACAAUCUUAUUACAUUUAUGGAAAUAACCUUUUAAAUUAUUUGCUUG